AUAACCUCCACUCUGAAAGCAGUCUUCACAGAAACUUUUCACAGAAGUCAAACAGUUAAAGCAAAUUCUAGAUACAUGGUAGAGACUAGGAGAAAAUAUGAAUAAUUUUCUUCUAAACAAGGAGCUAAGUGGAUGAACCAUACCUCUAGAUUCCUUGCUUCCAUUUUCCCAGAAGUUUUGGUAGCAGGAUGAUGUUGGCCUCAUAAUGUGAGUUAGAGAGGAGUCCCUCUUUUUCGACUGUUUGGAAUUGUUUCAGAAGGAAUGCUACCAGCUCCUCUUGUACCACUGGUAGAAUUCAACUGUGAAUCUGUCUGGUCCUGGGCUUUUAUUGAUUGACAAGAUGAGGAAGAGAAAGAUCAGUGUGUGUCAACAAACUUGGGCCUUAUUAUGCAAGAACUUUCUUAAAAAAUGGAGAAUGAAAAGAGAGUCCUUAAUGGAAUGGCUGAAUUCAUUGCUCCUACUACUUUGUUUGUAUAUAUAUCCUCAUAGUCAUCAAGUAAAUGAUUUUUCUUCACUGCUUACCAUGGACCUGGGACGGGUAGAUACAUUUAAUGAAUCCAGAUUUUCUGUUGUAUACACACCUGUCACCAACACGACCCAACAGAUAAUGAAUAAAGUAGCCUCUAUUCCCUUCCUGGCAGGUAAAGAGGUCUUGGGACUGCCAGAUGAGGAAAGUAUUAAAGAAUUCACAGCAAAUUAUCCCGAAGAAAUAGUAAGAGUCACCUUUACUAAUACAUACUCAUAUCAUUUGAAGUUCUUGCUAGGACAUGGAAUGCCAGCAAAGAAGGAGCACAAGGACCAUACAGCUCAUUGUUAUGAAACAAAUGAAGAUGUUUACUGUGAAGUUUCAGUAUUCUGGAAGGAAGGUUUUGUGGCUCUUCAAGCUGCCAUUAAUGCUGCUAUUAUAGAAAUCACAACAAAUCACUCAGUGAUGGAGGAGCUGAUGUCAGUUACUGGAAAAAAUAUGAAGAUGCAUUCCUUCAUUGGUCAAUCAGGAGUUAUAACUGAUUUGUACCUUUUUUCCUGCCUUAUUUCAUUUUCCUCAUUCAUUUACUAUGCAUCUGUUAAUGUCACAAGAGAGAGGAAAAGGAUGAAGGGCUUGAUGACAAUGAUGGGUCUUCGGGAUUCAGCAUUCUGGCUCUCCUGGGGUUUGCUCUAUGCUGGUUUCAUCUUCAUUAUGGCCCUUUUCUUGGCACUUGUUAUAAAAUCUACCCAGUUUAUCAUUUUGUCUGGCUUCAUGGUAGUCUUCAGCCUCUUUCUCCUGUAUGGAUUGUCUUUGGUAGCUUUGGCUUUCUUAAUGAGCAUCUUGGUAAAGAAAUCUUUCCUCACCGGCCUGGUCGUGUUCCUCCUUACUGUCUUUUGGGGGUGUCUGGGGUUCACAUCACUGUACAGACACCUUCCUGCAUCCUUGGAGUGGAUUUUAAGCUUGCUUAGUCCCUUUGCCUUCAUGCUUGGAAUGGCCCAGCUUGUACACUUGGACUAUGAUUUGAAUUCUAAUGCAUUUCCUCAUCCAUCGGACGGCUCAAAUCUCAUUGUAGCAACAAAUUUCAUGUUGGCAUUUGACACUUGCCUCUAUCUGGCAUUGGCGAUUUACUUUGAAAAAAUUUUGCCAAAUGAAUAUGGACAUCGACGUCCACCUUUGUUUUUCCUGAAGUCCUCAUUUUGGUCUCAAACACAAAAGACUGAUCACGUGGCCCUUGAAGAUGAAAUGGAUGCCGAUCCUUCAUUUCAUGACUCUUUUGAACGAGUGCCUCCAGAAUUCCAAGGGAAAGAAGCCAUCAGAAUCAGAAAUGUUACAAAAGAAUAUAAAGGAAAGCCUGAUAAAAUAGAAGCCUUGAAAGAUCUGGUAUUUGACAUUUACGAAGGCCAAAUCACUGCAAUACUUGGUCACAGUGGAGCUGGAAAGUCAACACUGCUAAACAUUCUUAGUGGGUUGUCUGUUCCCACCAAAGGUUCAGUCACCAUCUAUAACAAUAAGCUUUCAGAAAUGGCUGACCUAGAAAAUCUCAGCAAGCUGACUGGAGUUUGUCCACAAUCCAAUGUGCAAUUUGACUUCCUCACUGUAAGAGAAAACCUCAGACUCUUUGCUAAAAUAAAAGGGAUUCUGCCACAAGAAGUGGAUAAAGAGAUACAAAGGGUUCUGCUGGAAUUGGAAAUGAAAAAUAUUCAGGAUGUUCUUGCUCAAAACUUAAGUGGUGGACAGAAAAGAAAGCUAACCUUUGGGAUUGCCAUUUUAGGAGAUCCUCAGAUUUUCCUGUUGGAUGAACCAACUGCUGGAUUGGAUCCCUUUUCAAGACACCAAGUAUGGAACCUUCUGAAAGAACGCAAAACAGACCGCGUGAUCCUCUUCAGUACCCAGUUCAUGGAUGAGGCCGACAUCCUGGCGGACAGGAAAGUAUUUCUCUCCCAAGGGAAGCUAAAGUGCGCGGGCUCUUCUUUGUUUCUAAAGAAGAAAUGGGGGAUUGGAUAUCACUUAAGCUUGCAGUUAAAUGAAAUAUGUGUUGAGGAAAACAUAACAUCACUUGUUAAACAGCACAUCCCUGAUGCCAAAUUAUCAGCCAAAAGCGAAGGAAAACUUAUUUAUACAUUACCCUUAGAAAGAACAAAUAAAUUUCCAGAACUUUACAAGGAUCUUGAUAGCUAUCCUGACCUAGGAAUUGAGAAUUAUGGUGUUUCCAUGACAACUUUGAAUGAAGUAUUCCUGAAGCUAGAAGGAAAAUCUACAAUUAAUGAAUCGGAUAUUGCUAUUUUGGGAGAAGUACAAGUGGAAAAAGCUGACGACACUGAAAGGCUUGUUGAGAUGGAACAAGUCCUCUCUUCACUUAACAAGAUGAGAAAGACAAUAGGUGGUGUGGCUCUCUGGCGACAGCAAAUCUGCGCAAUUGCAAGGGUUCGCUUGUUAAAGUUAAAGCAUGAAAGAAAAGCUCUUUUAGCACUGCUAUUAAUUCUAAUGGCUGGAUUUUGCCCUCUUCUUGUGGAGUAUAUCAUGGUGAAAAUAUAUCAAAACAGUUACACCUGGGAACUUUCUCCUCAUUUGUAUUUCCUUGCUCCUGGACAACAACCACAUGACCCUCUCACUCAAUUACUGAUCAUCAAUAAAACAGGGGCAAGCAUUGAUGACUUUAUACAGUCUGUGGAGCACCAGAACAUAGCUUUAGAAGUGGAUGCAUUUGGAACUAGAAAUGGCACAGAUGACCCAUCUUAUAAUGGAGCCAUCACAGUGUGUGGUAAUGAAAAGAAUUACAGCUUUUCGUUAGCAUGCAAUGCCAAAAGAUUGAAUUGCUUCCCAGUUCUUAUGGACAUUGUUAGUAAUGGGCUACUUGGAAUGGUUAAACCAUCAGUACAUAUCCGAACUGAAAGAAGUACAUUUUUGGAGAAUGGACAGGACAAUCCAAUCGGAUUCCUGGCAUAUAUCAUGUUCUGGCUGGUUUUAACAUCGAGUUGCCCACCUUACAUUGCCAUGAGCAGCAUCGAUGAUUAUAAGAAUAGAGCUCGGUCCCAGCUACGGAUUUCCGGACUCUCCCCUUCUGCUUACUGGUUUGGGCAGGCGCUGGUGGAUGUUUCCCUGUACUUCUUGGUCUUCGUUUUUAUAUAUUUAAUGAGCUACAUUUCAAACUUCGAAGACAUGCUACUUACAAUAAUUCAUAUUAUUCAAAUCCCAUGUGCUGUUGGUUAUUCCUUUUCCCUCAUCUUCAUGACAUACGUGAUUUCCUUCAUCUUUCGCAAGGGGAGAAAAAAUAGUGGCAUUUGGUCAUUUUGUUUCUAUGUUAUCACUGUAUUCUCUGUGGCUGGAUUUGCGUUCAAUAUCUUCGAAAGUGAUAUUCCAUUUAUCUUCACUUUUUUAAUACCACCUGCCACAAUGAUUGGCUGUUUGUUCUUAUCUUCUCAUCUUCUCUUUUCUUCUCUCUUUUCUGAAGAACGAAUGGAUGUACAGCCAUUUCUGGUAUUCCUAAUUCCUUUCCUUCAUUUUAUCAUUUUUCUUUUUACUCUUCGAUGUCUGGAAUGGAAGUUUGGAAAGAAAUCAAUGAGAAAGGAUCCUUUCUUUAGAAUUUCUCCAAGAAGUAGUGAUGUGUGUCAAAAUCCAGAAGAACCAGAAGGAGAGGAUGAAGAUGUUCAGAUGGAAAGAGUGAGAACAGCAAAUGCCUUGAAUUCUACUAAUUUUGAUGAGAAGCCAGUCAUCAUUGCCAGCUGUCUACGCAAGGAGUAUGCAGGGAAGAGGAAAGGCUGUUUUUCCAAGAGGAAGAAUAAGAUAGCCACGAGAAAUGUCUCCUUCUGUGUUAGAAAAGGUGAAGUUUUAGGAUUAUUAGGACACAAUGGAGCUGGUAAAAGCACAUCCAUUAAGGUGAUAACUGGAGACACAAAACCAACUGCUGGACAGGUGCUACUGAAAGGGAGCGGUGGAGGGGAUGCCCUGGAGUUCCUGGGGUACUGCCCUCAGGAGAACGCGCUGUGGCCCAACCUGACAGUGAGGCAGCACCUGGAGGUGUACGCCGCCGUGAAAGGGCUCAGGAAAGGGGAUGCUGAGGUUGCCAUCACACGGUUAGUGGAUGCGCUCAAGCUGCAGGACCAGCUGAAGUCUCCCGUGAAGACCUUGUCAGAGGGAAUAAAGAGAAAGCUGUGCUUUGUCCUGAGCAUACUGGGGAACCCGUCAGUGGUGCUUCUGGACGAGCCGUCGACCGGGAUGGACCCCGAGGGGCAGCAGCAAAUGUGGCAGGCCAUCCGGGCCACCUUUAGAAACACGGAAAGGGGCGCCCUCCUAACCACCCACUACAUGGCAGAGGCUGAGGCCGUGUGUGACCGAGUGGCCAUCAUGGUAUCUGGGAGGUUGAGAUGUAUCGGUUCCAUCCAACACCUGAAAAGCAAAUUUGGCAAAGAUUACCUGCUGGAGAUGAAGGUGAAGAACCUGGCACAAGUGGAGCCCCUCCAUGCAGAGAUCCUGAGGCUUUUCCCCCAGGCUGCUCGGCAGGAAAGGUACUCCUCUCUGAUGGUUUAUAAGUUGCCAGUGGAAGAUGUGCAACCUUUAGCCCAAGCUUUCUUCAAAUUAGAGAAGGUUAAACAGAGCUUCGACCUGGAGGAGUACAGUCUCUCACAGUCUACCCUGGAGCAGGUUUUCCUGGAGCUCUCCAAGGAGCAGGAGCUGGGUGAUUUUGAGGAGGAUUUUGAUCCCUCAGUGAAGUGGAAGCUCCUCCCCCAGGAAGAGCCUUAAAACCCCAAAUUCUGUGUUCCUGUUUAAACCCGUGGUUUUUUUAAUACAUUUAUUUUUAUAGCAUCAAUGUUCUAUUUUUAGAAACUAUAUUGUAAGUACAGAAAUGGUUCUCCGUGUGGUGGGAGGAGGAGGUUCGGGUGCUGGGUAAGUGCCACGUCAGUGUGGACAGAGGCAUUUGACUAAGCCAGCCUCCUCUCACAGCCUCUGUAUCUCUGCAGGCCAUCCUGGUUCCAUUGUUCUGUAUAAUACUGAAUAAAUAAAUUUACUUUUAUAUGAUCAUAUAAGUUUCUAGAUAUGAGAAACAAAUUUUGUUUAAAUUUUUUUAAUACAAAUCUUAAAACACAUUUUUUCUAACCUAGACUGAGAAAUUCAUAUGUUUACUUUUCUAGGUGUAUGAUACUUUGUAAAGUUGAUAUUUUCCUAAGAAUUUAACAUGUCAUAUUUUUGAAAUAGAUUUAAGUGUGCUUCUUAUUGCUAAAAAUACUAAAUGUCAUGGGUCAUAGUAUCUGAUAUCAAUAUCGUUGAUAACAUAUCCACAGGUAACACCAUGAUGUAGGCAUAAAUGGAAAACCCAAACCCUACUAUUUCAAAUAUAUUGUACUUUUUUAUUUCUGUAAGCCAACUGUGUGCCAUUUUCACUGGACUUUUAAAUCUAGACUUUAGUGAUGUCUACAUUGUAAAUGAUCUUUUGUGGAUAUUUGUCACUUGGUUUCAGAAAGUUCACAAAUGUAGCAACAGCUCACAUGACUGAGUAGGUAGAAAAUGUGAAAUAAAUCUCAUAUAUAUAGUUUUGAAA